AUGACGACGCUAACCGGCCUCGUCGCAAAGGGCUGUUCGUAUUUCCCUCCUCCCCGUCUCGUCAGCAGCGGUAGUCCAUCUGUGUCCGCAGUCGCCCACGACGUCGCAGCAGCUAUCGAGGGAGCCAUCAUCUGGGGGCGCAGCAGCGGCCGUGCCGAUCUGAUCCUGUCGUCGCCGGGGGAAGCCGCAGCAGUGAUGAUCGACUCCCAAGUCCGCCUCCUCGCUCUCGUGAUGAGAAGAUUGCAUCUGGGAUUUGAGAGGGGGUGGUUUGGCCCGUGGGGGUGA